AUGGUUCAUGCUAAGAUUGUCAAGCUUGGAAUCGAACAUAACAUCUUUAUGGGAACUGCACUCAGUGACAUGUAUGCCAAGUCAGGGGAUUUGGACAGCUCCAAGAGGAUAUUUUAUCAAAUGCCUGAAAAAAAUAGUAUCACUUGGACUGCCAUGGUUCAGGGACUUGCAGAAAAUGACUUUGCAAAAGAUUCUAUUUUGUUGUUCGAGAAUAUGAUGGCAAAUGGAAUAUCACCGAAUGAGCAUACAUUUUUAGCUAUUUUAUUUGCUUGUUCCCACAGUGGUUUGGUGGAACAAGCCAUACAUUAUUUUGAAGCAAUGCAAGCACAUGGCAUCCCACCUAAACAGAAGCACUACACCUGCAUGUUUGAUGUCCUAGCUCGAGCUGAUCGUUUGACAGAAGCCGAAGAGCUUCUCAUGAAGGUUCCAAGUAACUUUGAAGCAAGUGCAUGGUCAGCUCUUCUGAGUGCUUGCAACACUUACAGCAACAAGGAAAUAGGUGAGAGGGCAGCAAUGAAACUUCAUGAGUUGGAGAGAGAUAAUACAGCGGGCUAUGUGCUACUCUCGAACAUGUAUGCAUUUUGUGGUAAAUGGAAAGAUGCUGCUGAGAUAAGAAUACUGAUGAAAGGAGCUAGCCUUAAGAAAGAUGGUGGGUACAGCUGGGACAACAUACUGGAUGACACUGUUUUUUUCACCCUCCUUUUCGGGAGCGAGCUGUUCGAGGACUACAUUGGUCAUCUUGCAAUGGCAACAAUGGCCUCCACUGAGAUGACAACCGACAACGACAACCCCUAA